ACGCACACAAGAGAGAGAUUAUUUCAACACUGAUCUAAAGUGAUCGAUCAACCGAAGAUGUUUAGCCCAUCCCAUCUCAAAACUCUGCACCCUCUUCAAGCUUCUUCUGUAAAAUCAUCAUCUUCAAGCUUAAGCUCCAUGAAGCUGAAAAGCCUCAUCCACACCCUCAUAGUCUCGCGCAUGUGCCGAAUCAUUCGUGCACUGUCCAAAGUCAAAACCAUUAUCGUCGAGAUUCUCGGAGACAACCAGUCCAGCCACUUCCAUUCCUGUCACAAAAAGCAUUACACCAUGAACAAGAAGAUCAUCUUGGGAUCCUUUAGGCUUCAUUACAAUUGGUGUUCUUCGAAAUCUUCCCAUGUCUUGCCGGUCCCCGCGCAUGUUUACCAAGAGUUGCCUUCAUCGGCAGCCACAAACUCUUACUAUGAUGCCACCUGGAAUGUUCCUUGCGAGCAGCACCAAUUACAAGGCGAGGAAUGUCCUGAGGCGCAGCUCGCAGGUUACCUUCAGUGGCUGGAGGAUAAGGGUUCUUCGGAAGAAGAGAAACAGGAGAUUAACGAGAUUGACGUGCUGGCCGAAAUGUUUAUUGCGAAUUGCCAUGAGAAGUUUAAGCUGGAAAAGCAGGAGUCUGAUAGGAGGUUUCACGAAAUGUUGGCCAGGAGCGUGUAAAAUAACAAGGAAACUCAAUUACGGUAAUGUUUGCGAGGGCUUUUGAAUUACCGUCAUAUUUUAUUUUCAUCUUUCUUUGUUGUAACCUUUCAAAAAGAAAGAAUCGACAUGGGAGCUGAAUUGGAAUUCAUGUGGGAUUCUUCUUUUGACUUAUAGGCAUUUCCAUGAUGGUUUUCUAACUAGCGGGCUUUAUAUUAAAGUGUGAUCGAUCACAAGUUUCAAUGUUUCAACUUUCAA